AUAUUACCCCACAUUAUUUACGCAGCAAACGGGGCAUCGACUUAGUCCACAAACUCCACGACGGCGAAGGAGAAGAAGAAGAUACGCAUACAGUACAUGGCGGCCAUGUUGGCAGGGGCGAAUUUCACUUCUAAGGCAAUGCAAGAACACGUUCUUCCUUGCUAAAGUUAUUCCGAGUUCUUUUGCAGUAAUUGUACGAAUCACGGGCGUAUGCAGCAACCCGUGCCGGCAUCAUCGUUGUCGUCGAAAUUCACGCAAUUCACUGACGACUUUGCCCCUUCUAGCUUAGCCUCGCCCUCGGCACACAGCUCUCGAAGUAGCGUCGUAUCCAGGAGGUUACGUUCCGGCCGUUUUUUUUUUUCAAAGCCUGUCUUGUGACCUGCAAAGCUUUGAGGAACACCUUCCUUGUGGUGAGUAUCAUCGUGUCUCGCUAAGAAAAGUGGUGAUCUACGAAUGAACGUCUACUUACGACUUUGUCGCGUUUACUGAGCCGAUCGUUUUAUUAUAAAGUAAGUGGGAGAUAGUAGUCGCGUGACUUUAGAUCGUUUGAAUGACUUUUCUUGCGUGCUUUGCUUGCCUUGUUACUUGUGUUUAUGUGCGAAGUAGUGCAGCGAUGUGGCUCCCGCAGCAGCUGUCGCUGCUGCCGCUGCUGCCGCUGUGGCUGCUGAUCGACAUCUCAGAGUCGCAAGUGUUGCUCUCUGUUCCGGAGGAGGUGACGCUCCAAGAAUGGACCAGUGGCAACCUGACCAUGACCUCCAGCCUGGCGCUACCGCGGCCGCUGGUGGUGCGCCUGAACGUCACCUACAGCUCCAAGAGCAACUCGUCAGAGAUCAUCGGCUUGCCGCAGCAGGUGACGCUGCCCAUCGCGGCCACGUCGGUCACCUUCACAGUGACGGCCCGCGCGAGCGGACAGGUGACGGUGUACCUGAUGUGCGACGCCGCAGACGGCUGCGGCUCGGAGCCCCGUCUGCGCUUCAUGGUGGUCCGCAGCAACGCGGUGGCGCUGCUGAGCGAGGUCGUCGGCUGGGUCUACUUCCUGGCUUGGUCCGUGUCCUUCUACCCGCAAGUCUGGGAGAACUGGAGGCGCAAAAGCGUGGUGGGCCUGCACUUUGACUUCCUGGCACUCAACCUGACCGGCUUCUUCGCCUACAGCGUCUUCAACAUCGGCCUCUUCUGGGUGACGCCCAUCAAGGAGGAGUUCUUGCAGAGGAACCCGAACGGCAUCAACCCCGUCAAGCCCAACGACGUCUUCUUCAGCCUGCACGGCUUCCUGCUGUGUCUGCUCUACGUCGGCCAGGCCGCCGUCUACGAGAGCGGGGGCCAGAGGGUGUCGUGGACGGCCCGCCUGCUGCUGCUGAUCGGCUGGUCCUUUGCCGGCGUCACCUUGUUCCUGGCCGUCUUCCGGCGCCUCAGCUGGUUGGAUUACCUCUACUUCUUCUCCUACAUCAAGCUGGCCGUCACGCUGGUCAAGUACCUGCCGCAGGCCUUCUUGAACUACCGGCGAAAGAGCACGGAGGGCUGGAGCAUCGGCACCGUGCUGCUCGACCUCAGCGGCGGCCUGCUCAGCAUCUCGCAGAUGAUCUUGGAUUCCUACAACAACGACGAGUGGCACCUGAUCUUCGGGGACCCCACCAAGUUCGGCUUGGGUCUCUUCUCGGUGGUCUUCGACAUGCUCUUCCUCUUUCAACAUUACUGCUUGUAUCGCUCGGCCUACCGGCUGAUCCGCUGUAGCGAGGUCGAGUGAAGCGCCGCCGCCUCCUUGCACUUCAGGCGCCACAAGGCGUUGGGAAAGACGGACGAUUGCGCCUUCCGGAUGCAGUUGGGCUGGGCGGCGGCCUCUGCGGCCGUGGACGCUCGAGAAAGGAAAUAAAAUCAUGAAUGAGGAUGGAGAUCGAUGAUUGUUUUU